GGCAAGCCUGCGGGCGCCCAAGGAGGAACAGCGAGCCGGCCGUGUGUGCCAUGUCUAUGCCCGGCGGCCAUGUUGUGUGCGGUGUAGUAGUGUACGUGUCGGGAUGUCUCGUGGCGACUGGACGAGUCCCACUCGCGUGCUGAUAGUCUACAAGCACCCAGGCACUGACGACGCGACCAUGAACGGCGUGAACGGUCACGGGGUGGAGAUGAACGGCGGUGACAUGGCCGGCUCGAAGGCGUGCUGGACCAUCGGCCUGAUCAACUCGAAGUACCGCUACCUGACGGCGGAGACGUUCGGCUUCAAGAUCAACGCGAACGGCGCGUCGCUGAAGAAGAAGCAGGUGUGGACGCUGGAGCCGGCGUCCAGCGGCGGAGGCGACCCCGCCAUCUUCCUGCGCUCCCACCUCGACAAGUACCUCGCCGUCGACUCGUUCGGCAACGUGGCGUGCGAGGGCGAGGAGCGCGAGCCGGGCUGCCGCUUCCACAUCUCCGUGGCGGCCGACGGCAGCGGGCGCUGGGCGCUGCGCAACGAGGCGCGGGGCUACUUCCUGGGCGCCUCCGCCGACAAGCUCACCUGCACCGCCAAGGCGCCCGGGGACGCCGAGUUGUGGCUGGUGCACCUCGCCGCCCGCCCGCAGGUGAACCUGCGGUCGGUGGGCCGCAAGCGGUUCGCGCACCUGUCGGAGGGCCUGGACGAGAUCCACGUGGACGCCAACGUGCCGUGGGGAGAGGACACCUUGUUCACGCUGGAGUUCCGCGCCGACGAGGGCGGCAAGUACGCGCUGCACUCGUGCAACAACAAGUACCUGUCGCGCGACGGCAAGCUGGUGGGCGCGUGCUCCGCCGCCUGCCUGUUCGCCGCCGAGUACCACGCCGGCCACCUGGCGCUGCGCGACUGCCAGGGCGCCUACCUGUCGCCCAUCGGCUCCAAGGCCGUGCUCAAGUCGCGCUCCACGUCCGUCACCAAGGACGAGCUGUUCUCGCUGGAGGACUCGCUGCCCCAGGCCAGCUUCGCCGCGGCGCUCAACGCGCGCUACGUGUCCGUCAAGCAAGGCGUGGACGUGACGGCGAACCAGGACGAGAUCUCGGACCACGAGACCUUCCAGCUGGAGUUUGACCCGUCCACGAAGCGCUGGUACAUCCGCACCAUGCAGGACCGCUACUGGACGCUGGAGACGGGCGGCGGCAUCCAGGCGUGCGGCGACAAGAAGUCCUCCAACGCCCUGUUCGACCUGGUGUGGCAGAACGACGGCUCGGUGGGGUUCCGCGCCAACAACGGCAAGUUCGUGGCGACCAAGCGCUCGGGCCACCUCUACGCCAACUCAGACUCGGUGGACGACAGCGCCAAGUACUACUUCUACCUGAUCAACAGGCCCAUCCUGGUGCUGAAGAGCGACCAGGGCUUCGUGGGCUACAAGAGCGCGUCGUCGCCCAAGCUGGAGUGCAACAAGGCCACGUACGAGACCAUCCAGGUGGAGCGCAGCGAGAAGGGCGUCGUCUUCUUCAAGGGUCAGAACGACAAGUACUGGCACGUGGACGGGGAGUCGGUGACGGCGGACUCGGACUCUCCCGAGGGCUUCUACCUGGAGCUGCGGGAGCCGACCCGGAUCUGCAUCAAGAGCGUGGGCGGGGAGUACCUCGUGGCCGGCAAGAACGGGGCCUUCCGCCUCGGAGACACGGACUACGAGAGCGCCACCAAGUGGGAGUACUGAGCCACCUCUCCCCCCCCCACCUGUGUGUUGUCCGUCUUCGCUGAGCAUAUCCAGUCGACGAGCGAGGAGCGUGCGUGUCGUCAGAUCUGUUCAUCGUUCAUAAGUAAAUGUGUGUGCACUUUUGUGGUCAAAUGCUGUGGAAUGUUUCUGAUGUGCAGCGAGUGUGUGACCGACCCUGGUGUUGGUUUUGGACAGACGAGAGAAGCUCAUCAGAUGUUAAGAACAAAGGCUGAAACGUAAAAAUUUUUUUUUUUGUAGAAUCUAGCUUUCUAAUGGCAUUAAUGUGUGUGGUGUUAGUGUGUGUGUGUGUAUGUAGAUAAAGCAUAAAAAAACUGGUGUAUUUAAUCUUAACACUGAGCAUAUUCAUGUCAUUUCAAGAUAUUUGUGGUGAAAAGAUAGUUUUAAGGGUAACAAAGCUUGUAUUAUAUUAAAUUAGUUAAGUAGUCUCAUCUACCUUCUUUUAAGAAUUAAAAGAAACCUUUACAGGUGUCCAAAGAACUGGAGUGAACAUUCUGUACUCUAAAUGUUGUGAUUUGCAAGAAGUUUGUAAAGAAUUCAAGUGGCAGGCCUGAGAGUAACAUGUAGUAAUGUUUAAGUAAGUGUAGUCAGUGUGCUAAGUAGUUAACAAUGUGGUGGAAGUGUAAUGUGCAUGGUUGUAAUUUAAACAUUUUACUAAGAAGGUAUACAAGAAUAUCACAUUCAGCACCUAAAUAAUGCUCAUUAACGUAAUAGGAAUCGGGUCCGUUUGGGUACGGCCUAAACAUUUAUUUAUAUUUAUUUUAUUUAUUACUGAUGCAUUUUCAGGCAUGGUUAAAAGUCCCUCGUUAUAGUUAAAAGAGAUAAAGAAAUAAAUAAACCUUUGCCUAGGUUGCAAAGUUGUGUGUUGCCUGGGCGUUUCAGUUCGGUCGCUCUGACGAAACAUUAUCUCGGAAUUUUGUUUGCAGGGCAUCAAAAUGAACUCAACAGAACGGCAGUUGAUCCAAGGUGGAACGCUGCUAUUUAACCAUUGCACAUGGUGGCAGUUCAACAUCAAGCAUUUACUUGUUGGGUGUUUAGCUCUUUCGUUUCACAUAUACAGUUGUUGGGUUUUUUUUUUGUUGUUUCAUGCAAGUAUUUUAUUACGUCUAUAAUGCCACGUUUUAAUUUGAAAAUUCGGUAGUGUUAAGUAAAUAAGGUUUAGUAUUAAGGAAAUAAGUAAAUGUAUGAGAGUUAACAUGCUACUUUAUACAAUUAAAUGUUUUAUAUGGUACAUAAUUUAAGUGUAGUUUUCUGCGCACAAGAUGUAAGGGUCGUGAGCAGUUCUGAUGUUAUGUUUGAUAUGAAAUGUUUCGGUGGGAGAGUUUUUUUUAAAUGUCUGUUGCUGUAAAUACAUCCAGGAAUAAUUUAUGUAAUCAUAAAUGUUAUAGCACUUGAUAUGAUAGCUUAAAACACACUUAGGGUUAAAAAGUCUUAUAAAUGUAUCAGCUGAGUGUUUUUACCGUAAGCAUGGUGGUAACCCGACAUACCAGAGUCUGCAUUUAUCGAGUAACUCGUUGAGAGAAGGGAUCAUGUUGUAACUCUUGCACAACGCUCUCUCUACAACAUUGUGUAUGUGUUUGUUUACGCUGUUGUGUUUGCACCAUCGCUAGCGCGGGUGCUACGUACACGUUCGCGUGUAGUCUUCAAUGCUUUGUCCAAUUCGUGGUAUAUUAUAAAGAUAAAUGUUGACACCUUUAAGAAAGCCCUUCAUCUUAACAUUCUUUUUUAGGGUGUGAUUUUUUUUUUAUAUUAAGUGUCGUGUAAAGGAUGCAUAUAAAUGGUUGCUUGGUUCUGCAUUUUGUAGCUCAAAGUUUGAGAAAUAACAACAAAAUGAACUCUGUGGUAAAUGUCUUGAUGUAAACAGCUACGCGCUCCGUGUACUGUCCCAGGAUUGCAUAUGCACAAUAGAUGGGGAGUUUGUCAAGUGAACGUUACGAUGUUGUGGUCUUAAUUUGGAGUUGUCGUCUUGUGUUGUGUGUUCGACGUGGUGUCCUGUAGCUUCAGUAGUUGACGGUGUCUCCAUUGCAAAGAAGCUUUAUUUAUCUGAAUGUAUUGUAUACUUGUAGUAACUAUUGGACAUUAAACUUGACUUCUAUAAA